CCCUACAAUAACCAGAAACAGCAGUUGAGGUGGCCAAAAGAGAGAGGGGAAAAAUGUGCCUGUACAACAUAUAAUUGUUCUCCUUCUGAACAACUUCAAACUUCUAUAAUCCUCUAGGGAGUCAGGUGAGCACCAAUGGCCAGGCAGCGCAGAUGGGCACGGAGACGUAGCCUAGAGAGGACCAGUCGGACUGGCUACAUGCCGGGGAUCCAGCCGGCACACGCGGCCAGGACCCACCACAUGACCACGCCUACUUCCGUUUUCCAUCUUAAUGUCGGGCCGGCAGGACCGCCUUAGACGCCAGUGAAGCCUUCAGUGGCCCUCUUGGUUAAGGGCGGAAGUGAGUGCUCGCCGGCGCACACUCCGCCCACAGGUCGCCUCGGACCACGUGGAAGCUGGCAGCGCUUAGGAAAGAGAGAUGCUGCGCCGCCUGCGUCGGGAGUACCUGUACAGGAAGGUGCGCGAGGAGGCGCAGCGAACCGCCCGGGAGAAAAAGGAGAAAGUGCGGCGCGCGCUCGAAGAAAAUCGGCUGAUUCCCACUGAGUUACGCCGAGAGGCCCUGGCCCUGCAAAGGUCCUUGGAAUUUGAUGAUGCAGGUGGUGAAGGUGUGACCAGCCAUGUCGAUGAUGAGUAUCGGUGGGCCAGAGUUGAGGAUCCCAAAAUCAUGAUCACUACUUCUCGAGACCCCAGUUCUCGCCUGAAAAUGUUUGCAAAGGAAUUGAAACUGGUGUUUCCUGGUGCCCAACGCAUGAAUCGAGGCCGACAUGAAGUGGGGGCACUGGUGCGAGCCUGCAAAGCCAAUGGGGUCACUGACCUCUUGGUUGUCCAUGAGCAUCGAGGCACACCUGUGGGACUUAUUGUCAGCCACCUGCCCUUUGGCCCUACUGCUUAUUUCACACUGUGCAAUGUGGUCAUGCGACAUGAUAUCCCCGAUCUGGGCACCAUGUCAGAAGCUAAGCCUCGCCUCAUCACAAACGGUUUUACCUCCCGGCUAGGAAAGCGGGUCUCUGGCAUCCUCCGGUACCUGUUUCCUGUGCCUAAAGAUGAUAGCCACCGAGUUAUAACUUUGGCAAAUCAGGAUGUCUACAUCUCAUUCCAGCACCAUAUCUACAAGAAGGACCACCGAAAUGUGGAGCUGACUGAAGUUGGGCCUCGCUUUGAGCUAAAGCUAUACAUGAUCCGCCUUGGCACACAGCAAGAGGCCAUGGCAGACGUGGAAUGGCGCUGGCACCCAUAUACCAACACAGCAGGCAAGAGGGUCUUCCUGAGCACUGAGUGAGCCCAUUGGCCAAUCAAGAUUUGUACUUGAAAAUUGAGAGUUUCAGGGCAUUGUCACAGGCCCACUGGACCCAAGUUGGAGAUCAGAGGAAUGUGAAUUAAUCCUCUGUCACCUGCCUGUCCCUGACCAGUCCGAAGGGUCCGUUUUCAGGCCAAACCAUGGAAUCUCCUUGGCUGGGGAGCCUGAUGUCUAUAUGUCAUGCUCAGGCCUAUCAAUUUGAUGGUUAACAAUUUUUUCUGAACCUAGCACAAUAAACACAUGUUUAAUCCCAGCACUCUGAAAGCUGAGGCAGAAGAAUCAAAUGAUGAGUUCCAGACCAGUCUGGGUUACCUAGUGAGAUUUAUCUCAAAAUAAAGCAGAAAAAUCAUUAUGCCCAUUGGAA